AUGGUGGCCAUGGAGCUCUCGGCUCGGCCGUCCAUGCCGGCGGGGGCGCCAGGGCUCGGCUGCCAUGUCCAUGGAGCUCUCGGCUCGCAUGGGCAGAGAUGGGUCGGCCGCCCACAAGCUGCUCGAUGCAAUGCCAUAGAAAUCAUCUGCCACCUCACCUGGUCAACACUUUUUUUGUGCUUGGUCUUUGCCACGUCAGCCUGGCAGCAUUUAGAAGAGGCUCUUGUUCCAUUGUCAAAAGAGAGAGAAAGCUUGUUGCAAGAGCAUAAAGCUUUGAAGGAAAGGCUUGAUCAGGAGUAUGAUCAGCUGGCUGAAAGAAAAAGGGGAUUCCAGCAAGAAAUAGAUGCACUUGGAACCCUUAACACACGCAUCAAAGAGUACCUGGAUGCAAAGAAAGUAGAGAAGCUUAAUGAACUGCAGGAAAGGCAUACCCUAUCCCUGUCUCAGUUACAGAAAUGUGAGGCAAGAAAGCAAGACAUCUCGGUUGAGCUUGACAAGAGCAAACAGCUAUUGCGGAGCCAAGAUCAAUUGAAAAGAAACAUCGAUGACAAUCUGAACUACAGGAAAACAAAGGCUGAAGUGGAUCGACUUGCUCAUGAUAUCGAGUUACUUGAAGAAAAUGUGCUUUCUAUCGGCAGCAAAUCCACUAUAGGAGCUGAUCAUAAGCGGCAUGCUCAAGAGAAGGAGAGGCUUCUUUCAGAGACAACUGAGAUGGCAAAUAAGGACUUGGACCGAUACUAUACUGCUUUGGAUAAGGCUCUUAUGCGGUUCCAUACCAUGAAAAUGGAGGAGAUAAAUAAAAUAAUAAAGGAACUGUGGCAGCAGACAUACAGAGGCCAAGAUAUUGAUUGCAUAAGCAUCAGUUCUGACUCUGAGGGUGCAGGCACUCGACCAUAUAGCUAUCGUGUUGUCAUGCAAAAUGGUGGUGCUGAGCUGGAAAUGCGAGGACGAUGCAGUGCUGGUCAGAAGGUUCUUGCUUCUCUCAUAAUCAGACUGGCACUGGCAGAGACAUUCUGUCUGAAUUGUGGCAUAUUAGCUCUGGAUGAGCCAACCACCAAUCUUGACGGGCCGAAUGCGGAGAGCCUAGCUGCUGCCCUAUUGAGAAUAAUGGAAAGCAGAAAAGGCCAGGAGAACUUCCAGCUGAUUGUAAUCACCCAUGAUGAGCGGUUUGUUCAGCUUAUUGGUCAGAGGCAGCUUGCCGAGAAGUACUACCGAGUUUCUAAGGAUGAGCAACAACACAGCAAAAUUGAAGCCCAGGAGAUAUUUGACUGACGAUGAUUUCUUGGAGCAUAUAUGCUCUUAGAGCUAAAACUGUUUACAGGCCAAGUGGGUGCGUUCAGUAUGAUGAUCGGCUGUCAUGGAGAGAAAUGGGUCCCAGCGAACGAGUGUGAUAUCCGACUAGGUUCAUUAGUUUGGUUUCUGUGCAUGCAUGGAAUUGGCCGCUUUUUGUUGUCCAUCAUCUGAAGGUGGUACCAUGUUGUAUCUCCUUUUAUUCUAAAAUUGACUCCUUAUGUGGUUCUCAAAAAAAAAAAGACUCCUUAUGCAGCCUCCAAACAAGCGAGAAUGGUCUGUGGAAAAAUGUGCGGCUGCUUUUCUUCCGCCGAUCGCUAGCAAGCGAAAAGGGAGACCUUUAUUAUUUUUUUAUCAUCAAAAAUAUUUUUUCCGCACUUCAAAAAAUU